UUGCAAUCAUGUCGAGUCUGCGCUUCGGUCAGCACCUGAUUCGGACCUCCGUUGUCUUCCUAAAGACGGAGCUGUCCUUUGCGCUCGUUAAUCGCAAACCAGUGGUCCCCGGGCACGUUCUGGUCUGCCCUCUCCGGGUGGUGGAACGGUUCGGAGACCUCAGACCGGAGGAGGUGUCGGACCUGUUCUCGACCACGCAGAGAGUAGCGCGGCUCGUGGAGACUCACUUCGCAGCCACUUCACUGACCAUCUGCGUCCAGGACGGACCCGAGGCCGGACAAACAGUCAGGCACGUACACGUGCACGUCCUGCCCCGGAGGAAGGGCGACUUUGAGCGGAACGACAGCGUUUACGAUGAGCUUCAGAAGCACGACGCUGAGGACGAGGACGCUUCCAAGUGGAGAAGUCCGGAGGAAAUGGACCAAGAGGCAGCAGAACUCAGGGACAGACUCGAAAGACUGUGAUCCAGGACGUAAUGGAUAAGCUGGAAUGGUUUUCACUAGAUUGUCUCUGAACAGUUUGGGCUCAGAGCAUUUGAGAUCAGCUGUCAUGUCACUAAAUGUUCUUACUAGACAAAUUUCACCUCUUGAUAUCAAUUUUAUGUUAUAGUAAAGAGCUCUUGUUUACUCAGGGCCCAAUGCAAGCGGGACCCUCACAAAGUCGGCAAUGUGCUCACCAAGUUAGGUUGUACCCAGGGCCCAAAAUUACAUGUUAACAACUUCCAGCUAAUUGAACAUCAUCCAUAGUCUCCUUUUAUUGGAACUUUUUUUUUCUGCUUGCUGUUGUUAUUGUGUUCUUGGGCAAGAUCAUUCUCUUCCCUUCCUCAAAUUUUGCAAACCCUAGUGGAUGAGGGUUCUUUGUGAAUGGAUGAUUUCAAGCUUAGAAGCCCAUGUAUGGAGGGAUAAGGGUGGUAUAAAGCUGUGAUUAUUACUUUUAUCAUUUCAAGAACUGUAUGGGAAUUUAUGGCUGACAAAAUGCACACAUAAAAA